CUUUCUUUUUCUCUGGGAGCUGAGCUACAAGAUAACAGGACUGAACAGGGAGCCAACUGUUUCUUUGGACAGUAAAUCAGGAACACCAAUGGACCAAAAUGAACACAAUCACUGGGGAUCACAUGCAAAGGGCCAAUGUGCCAGCAGAUCUGAGCUGAGAAUCAUCCUUGUGGGCAAAACAGGAACCGGCAAAAGUGCUGCAGGGAACAGCAUCCUCAGGAAGCAAGCAUUUGAAUCGAAGCUGAGUUCCCGGACCUUGACUAAGACUUGCAGCAAAAGUCAGGGAAGCUGGGGAGAUAGAGAGAUUGUCAUUAUUGACACACCAGAUAUGUUUUCUUGGAAGGACCACUGUGAAGCUCUGUACAAAGAGGUGCAGAGGUGCUACUUGCUCUCCGCACCAGGACCCCAUGUGCUGCUCCUGGUGACUCAGCUGGGCCGCUACACCUCACAGGACCAGGAGGCUGCACAGAGGGUGAAGGAGAUCUUUGGAGAGGAUGCCAUGGGACACACAAUUGUCCUCUUUACCCACAAGGAAGACCUCAGUGGUGGCUCCCUGAUGGAUUACACGCGCAACUCUGAUAACAAAGCCCUAAGCAAGCUGGUGGCAGCAUGUGGUGGGAGAAUCUGUGCCUUUAAUAACCGUGCUGAAGGGAGAAAUCAGGAUGACCAAGUGAAGGAGCUAAUGGACUUGAUUGAGGAUCUGUUGAUGGAGAAAAAUGGUGAUCACUAUACCAAUGGGCUGUACAGCCUAAUACAGAGGUCUAAACGUGGAUCUGUGGGAUCAGAUCAAAAAUUAAAGGGAUUCAAAGAGAGCCUUAUAAAGUACAUGGAAACUCAGAGAAGUUACACAGCCUUGGCUGAAGCAAAUUGCCUGAAAAGAGCCUUAAUCAAAACACAACUGUGUGUUUUAUUUUGUAUUCAGUUGUGUCUCAGAUUGCUAAUUCUGUUGCUUUGCAUAUUGCACAGCAUGUGCACUUUGUUUUGUUGCUUACUCUUUAGUAUGUGCAAUUUACUCUGCAGCUUGCUGUUUAUUAUACCCAAAAAGUUAAUGAUAGUUUCGAGAACAGUUAUUAGACUAGAACGCAGGACUCCUAGGUUAUAGUUACAGAUCCCAGUUAUUAUUUACUCACUAGUGGGUGAAUCACAGUGCUUUCCCUGUAAAAUGUGGUACCUGAUGUCAUAUUUGAGAUUCUAUGAAAUGUUUAAAUCUUAACAUCACUCCAAUUAUUAAUGAACCAAAUCACAUGGUAAGUUACUGUCUGCAUUGAAAUAUAAUAUCAAAGCCUUUUGAAAUCUGUAAACAUAAAAUUCCUCUGAUUUUCAAAUAUUUAAAGCCAGUUUUAUGUUCCUAAAAACUCAUUUUCUUCUUUCUAGUACUACUGUUUCUACUGAAUAUAAUGAAAAUGGCAAUAAAAUAAUAUUACAUAAACUGUAAA